UUCGGACCUACAUUCAUGACAAAGCUGAUUUCAUGAGCAGAACUCAUGGUUGAUUGAUUGCUGUUUCAUUUCACUUGGCGCCGAACACCUUCUCUCUGCUACGGCAUUUCUCUCCCAGUACUCGUCGUCCAUCGCCCGCAAACGCAAUGCCUAGAUUCAGCAAGAAGCGCGCUCGCGUCGAGGAGGAUGCAUCGGACGGCGGCGAUGCUGGCCAGGCUUCGGCACCCGCAAAGAAGGUCAAGUCAAAAGAAUCGAAGCAGAAGGAGGCCAAACCAAAGGAAGCCAAGUCAAAAGAGCCCACUGCGCUCGGCUCAGGCGUGGACAACGAGGGCAACCCGUACUGGGAGAUUUCUGCAAAACGUCGGGUUGGAAUCGCGAAGUUCAACAAAAUGGUCCUCGUCAAUAUCCGUGAAUACUACGACCAGGCUGGCGAGUUGAAGCCUGGCAAAAAGGGGAUCUCGCUCACGCUUGACCAGUAUCAAGCGCUGCUGAAGAACGCCCCGGUCAUCAACGCCGAGCUGCGCAAGAUGGGUGAGGACGUCCAGGACGUCGAAGCCAGCACAGCCGACCCUCCCGCCGAAUCUCCCAGGCCACCGUCUCGAGAUAAGCGCGCCAAGGCGAACAUCGAGGCUACGAGCGACGAGGAGUCGAGCUGAGCGCUUCCUGUCAGGUCGGAUUUCCGCCACCGCCGAAUUUCUCGUCUUUUAAUCUCUUUUUACAAUAACGAAUGUACGACUUUAAAGCCCUAAGGGAAUCUUGCGGUAGUUGAGACCUCGUGCCCCAAAAUACUGGGCGUAUCUGGAUUCACCUUGAAAUCAUCGCCAUGUUCCCCGUCCUGACAUCCAUACCCUCGUCUGCUCAUUCUACCGCACACGCUCGGCUGUGCUCUCCCUCCGGUUUUUUACACCAUUUUUUAUCAUGCUGUUCAGGGGCUAGGGCUUUUCUUUUGUAAUCAAUUGAAGGCAUUUCUUCGUAAAUCAAGUUCUCACUCGAACUGUC